CUGCCCCUUUCUGUCUCCUCACACCAGCCGGCUCCCGCACACCUGCACUCCCGCGUGCGCUCAGGCAGGGCAGGGUCAGACCCCAUCUGGGCGCUCCUAGACUCCGGGCACCUCCAGCUGACCAUGGCAUCAGAAGCAGAGAAAACGUUCCAUCGAUUUGCUGCCUUCGGAGACACAGCCAGCAGCGGCUCCGAGAUGAACAACAAGAACUUCUCCAAGCUGUGUAAAGACUGUAACAUCAUGGACGGCAAGACGGUCACCUCCAAUUCUGUGGACAUCGUAUUUAGCAAAGUGAAGGCCAAGAAUGCCCGAACCAUCACAUUUCAGCAGUUCCAAGAAGCAAUGAAGGAAUUGGGCCAGAUGCGGUUCAAAGGGAAGAACCCAGAUGAAGCCUUGGCAGAAAUUUUUAAGCUCAUGGAAGGCAAGGAACCAGCCACCACUGGUGUUACUAAACCAACAACAGCGGGUGCAGUGGACCGUCUGACGGACACCAGUAAGUACACGGGCACCCACAAGGAGCGCUUCGACCAGACUGGGAAGGGCAAGGGCAUCGAAGGACGGGAAGACAAGGCCGACAGCUCGGGCUAUGUGAGUGGCUACAAGGGCACUGGCACCUACGAUAAGAAGAGCAGCAAGUAGACAGGAGCCUCGUCUUUGCCUACUCGUGCCCUGGCCCUGCACCUUUAUCACCAGGGACACAAGGAGACAAUAAACAUCUGUGUGUGCAGCA